AUGCUAUUCAUCGGAUUGAUGGUGGGUGUGGACGUCCCUGUGUUGUAUGAAAUUUGUCAACGGUUAGAUGAAUGCAGCAGCAAGGAUUCUGGUGACUUCCAACGUUGCAUAGAUGCAGUUAAAUCGUCGGAUGUUUCAACCAAGAAGUUAGCAAUUCAGAUUGUUUUCAGAUAUUUCGAUUCCUUCCCUGGUAAAAGAGUCUCAGCGUUAAACACAUUAAUGUCACAACUAAAUGAACCAGAUGUGGAGGUUCAAAAACUCGUUAUCAAAGGCCUUCCAUCCACUUGUCAAAGAAACUCUGAUUAUGUCGACCAGGUGGGAGAUGUUCUUGCACAACUACUGAGCGCCCGGGACAAACAGGAAUCACUACUUGUCCGGAAAUCGCUCAGUUCUCUACUGAUCAACCAUCCGAAACCUACCCUCGUUGCGAUCUACUGUGCUAUCAGCAAUGCCAACAGCAUCGAUGAAAAAGUCACUAUGCUCAGAUUUAUGAACGAGAAAGUGUCCGACCUCCUAAAAGGAGAGCUUUCUCCUCUCAUGAAGCAGAAAAUUUCUGGCAUUUACAAAAUGAUGCUUAUCUCUGCUACUCCUGAUGAAAUCGAACUAGUGCUUCGGUUUAUGGGCAAAUCAAAGCUGAUCUCUGAUUCGGAGAAGCUAACUGUUUUCACUGAAGCCAUGGAGGAACUCGUGAAGAGAGGAAUCCAAUUGGACGCGGAAUAUGAGGACAAUGAUGCUCCAGACUUCGUCGACACAGUCAACAACGUUGUGAAAAUUGUUCUCAUUCUUAAUUCAAGAGGACCUUCGUACAUAUUACCAAGAAAGAUGACGAACUAUUUAUUCUCAAAGUUUGGUAAACUGCACCUGAUUCAUGCUUCGGAUAGAAAGGAUAUUAUGAAGGUGCUUGCUUCCUAUACUUACUUAGGGAAUUACGAAGACCCUGAUGAUUUUUCAUAUGUAGUAAAGUUGUUCGACUAUUUGCGUGGAUUGCUACCUGAUUUGUACUCUGCUGACCCUGAUUUCGAAUAUGGUUAUGUGGAUCAAGGUAAUGAUCGAGAAUGGAACAUUGAGUUUACUGAAUUGGAGCUUGUUUCUGUAGUGGUAUACAAUCUACUGCAAAAGAAUCGUUUUGUUGCUAAAGAAUUAUUGGCUAUUGGUAGUGUUUGGAAACCCAGAUUCCAAUAUCUGGUAAAUGUCAUACGCGUUUUUACUCGACGUUUGAAAAGGAAACUAGAUGAUAAAGCCAGAAAAGGAGAACAGGACUUGAAGGAUUUGAAGCUUCUUAAAGUGGCGAACAACGUUGGAUUAAUUGCGAACUGCUUCCUUGUGAACAUUUGUGACUUGCACGUGAAGAUCGUGCCAUCAUGGAUCCAGCAAAAACGUCGUGCUACCCAUCCAGGAGAAGUCGGCGUCAGCUUUAAGAGAAGAAGAACAAAUUGA